GCCUUUAUGAAGUGGGAAUUUUUUAGUCUGCUCUUAAAUCCAUCCGCUUACAUUUCAUCAACAAUUUUCACAGAAAAUAACAGGACGAUGCUCCUCUCUGCAAUUUCUCCCCAAAGUCUUCUCUCAAACCCCAACACUCACGCUAGUAAUUUCCUCUACUCCCUCAACUCUAACAAAUUCCUCACCUCUCUUAGGGCUAAGCCACUGUACGCCUCCUCUUCUUCUGUUACCACCAACUGUACCUCCCUCCGCAGUGUCACACGCACGGUCUCCAACGAUGAGCUUGAUGGAGAUGCCCUUACGGUCACAUCAGCUUCCGCUAUUGCCUCUACUAUUCGACUAAUAUCAACAUCUCCCGUCGAGUUCCUCCAGAGCGUCGAGGAUGAUCAGAAUACCUCAAAUUUGAUUCUACCUAGUCCCGAUUUUCGGAGACUUUGUGUCGAACAGCUCGACCUCUUUCGAAGAAUCGUCGAUUCCGAUGCAAUCGUCUCCGUUUAUGUGAGGCCAGCUGGUAGUUAUGUAAUGGACCGACUAGAGCUCCGGCGAGUGGUUUGUUACCCUGGAGUGAAUGCAAACGACAUUGUGAUAUUAGUUGGCAAUUUCAGCGUCCCAACCGGAUUGCGUGCCGCUGAAGCUGCACUCUCUAGUCAACAAGUACAAGUUGUGCCUGAACAAGGAGCGGUGGUUUUCCCGAUGGUAAAGCACCCAUUUGUAGUGGGGUUUUUGGUUGCCGAGCUACAGAUGAUGAAGAGUGAAGAGCAUGACUUUGUUCCAGGCUUGUCUUCUGAGGAAGCCCGUGGGAUACCUCCUGGUUCAAAUAUGAAAUCGUGGGAAAUUGAGACUUUUGAUGAUGAGAGAAUGAGAAUGUAUAAGUUUACGUCUGAAAAGAAGUUGAAUGCUGUCAAUAUAUGUCGGUCUCUUGCCAUGGCAUAUGUUAUGGAUCAGAGAUCACUGUUACUUCAGCAAUCUUCAUGGCAAAAUAAUAUGAGGAUGAGUAAUCUGGUUGAGCAAAUUCGUGGUCCACUUUCAAGCAUUCAGACUUUAAGUAACAUGCUAUCCCUUCAGUUGAAAAGAAGUGAGAUUUCUUAUGAUAUUGUUGAAAAUAUUAAAGUGGAAGGUGAUCAUAUAAGAGAUACCCUUCAAGAACUCCAGGAUGCUGUUCACUUGACAAAGGCUAAUAUUGUGCUCUAUAAUGAAGAAAUUUUGAAGAAAAUUCAAAAUUCAACAUUUGCUCAUCCUGAGUCAAUCAGGUCUCAACUAUCUGAUAAGACUGGAAGUGAUAGUUCCAGCAGUAAGUUGCAAAAUACUUGUAAACCAUUAUCUCUAAGUUCAACAGCCCAUGAUUUAGAAAUGCCUAUGCCACCUCUGGCCCUUGCUCCUUUAAAACAACAUGGAAUUAGACCAUGCAAUGUUUCUGAUGUGUUGGUAGAUUUGGUUGAGGCAGUGAUACCUCUUGCUCAUAUGCAGCAACGUGUGGUGGAACUAAGUGACUUCUCACAAGCUUUGCAAGUUUCAGUUGAAGAACAGGCUUUGCGCCAGGCUUUGAGCAACUUAAUUGAGGGUGCAUUAUUGCGUACCAAUGUUGGGGGAAAGGUUGAAAUUGUGUCUGCUGCUGCUCCGGCUGGCGGUGCUUUAGUACUAAUUGAUGAUGAUGGCCCAGAUAUGCACUAUAUGACACAGAUGCAUUCACUCACACCUUUUGGGGUAGAACUCUUCUCAGAAAACAUGGUUGAAGACAAUAUGACGUGGAAUUUUGUUGCUGGACUGACUGUAGCUCGUGAGCUACUUGAGAGUUAUGGGUGUGUUGUCCGUGUCAUAUCACCUCGCACAUCAGAUGCUGCCCUAGGAUCUGGUGGAACUCGUGUUGAAAUCUGGCUUCCUUCUUUUACUGCAUUAUGUGAAUAAAGUGGCAUUUCCUAUGAGACAUAGCAAGAAAGGUGAGUAUAUGGUAGAUGAUCCUAUUAAACAGAAUAAAUCCACGUAAGAGCAGGUUAGUAUAAUUUUGAAACUAUUGUUGUAUGAAAUUCUAGUAGAUUACUGUAGAUUUUGUAGUAAACAUUCUUACCGUAUAUGACAAAGUUGUAAAUAACAAGGUUCAGGUUCAGGUUCA